AUGGGUAAGAAGAAGAGUAAGAACCAGUUAAACACUGGUGGUACUGCUAAUGGUGUUGCUAAUGCUAAGAAAGAGGCAGCUUUGCCACCUUUAGGAAAUAAGCUGGGCAGCGCAAGUUUCACAGCAAUAAAUACACUCACUAAGCCCGCGUUGUUUUCAUUUUAUGAUGAAGAUAUCACUAAGAAUGAAGGUAAUGUUUAUGACAAGGCUUUGUUGUCUAAUGCUUCUCAAUUGGAAAUGGUUCCACCUUUCGAGAAUAUGAAACACGAAAGGUCGUUGUAUGCGAAAAUAAUUAAUAUUGUUGCGGCGUUUUUUAUUCUAUUCAUAGCAGGGAUACUCUUCCCCAUGAUAUCAGAAUGUCUGUUUGAUAAUGACCAACUGGCAAAGGGAGAUAUUGUAUCCUUUUUGAAACAUGGUAUAGAAAUUAAGAACAAGAUCGUCGCAGAACCUGACAUGGUUCCCGAUUGGGCCGUCUUUGGCACUGAAGGUGUUAUCUUUGGUUCAAUAGUACCAUUUAUUGACUACUUUGUCCGUGUCCAACACCAGCCAAAAACCAGGUCAUCAGUUUAUAAAAACACAUUGGGAUCAUUUAUAAGAUGUGCUAAUACUCUUUUAGGUAUAAUAUUUGGUAUCAGGAAAAUUGAAUGGUCCUCCUCUUUACAGGCAGCUGGUGCAUGGAGCUUAUUGAAUAUCGUUCUGUGGUUGUUCUUUGACGGCACUCUGGCCGUCUUCUUUUCAGGUUUAGUAGUCGGUGGGAUUAGUGCGUUCACUUGCUCACAGUGUUUUUCGCAGUUGUCACAAACGUUAUAUUUUAUAGAUUUCUAUUUUUUUGGAUUUUUAAUGUUCAGCAAGUUGGGCAGAUAUUUAUUCAAUUAA